AUGGCAUCAACCAACACGACAUCCAUCCCGCCCUGCGUCGUGUUCAUCAACGGUUUUCCAGGCAUCGGCAAGCUCACAGUAGCUCGCACAUUACAAGCACAAAUCACUUCAAAUCCCACAACUCUGAUUCACAACCACCUCCUCAUAGGCCCGGUCGAAGCCAUCGCACCAGGACGGACGCCACUCCACUACAAGUUGCGACGAGAGUUUCGCGAGUUGGCUUUCGGUGCGCUCAAGGACGAAGCAGAUGAGGCCACAGUUCUCAUCAUGACUUCUUGCACCGCUUCAAACGACGCCGACGCCGAAGUUUUCGCCGAGCAUGUCGACAUCGCGCAAGUCCGAAAAAUACCCUUCGUGUGCAUAAACUUGCUCUGCGAUGUCAGCAAACAACUCGCUCGAUUGCAAAGUCAGGAGCGACGGUCCGGCCUCACAUUCAAGCUCACAGAUCCCACGGUGCUUGAGCGGAUGAUGAGGGAUCACGAAUUGUUGAAUCCGAAGGACUUCCCCGGUGUGGCAGAGAACUCCGACGUACGGUUUUUGGAGCUCGAUACGACGCAUCGAAGUGCGAGCGAAGCGGCAAACGAGAUAAUGCGCUUCAUCAAGAACAUUAGGCCCGCUGGAGAUGCACCCGACGAGGCGAUCGAUAUGGGAUAG